AGUCUUUAUUUGCGACUCAUUGCAGUUCCGGUUCCGGGGUCUGGUUUGGUUCAUUUGAAAUCGCAGAAAAUAGAAGAAAUAUUCCAGCGAAUUCUUGGAGAUGGAUGACGAACAAGAAACUUAUAAAUUAUGGCGUAUUCGUAGGACUAUAAUGCAGAUUUGUCAUGAUCGUGGUUAUUUGGUGACACAAGAUGAAUUGGACCAAACUUUAGAGGAGUUCAAAGACCAGUUUGGUGACAAACCCAGCGAACGUCGACCAGCCCGCAGUGAUUUGAUUGUUUUAGUGGCCCACAACGAUGACCCUACAGAUCAAAUGUUUGUGUUUUUCCCUGAGGAUCCCAAAGUUGGAAUCAAGACCAUCAAAACUUACUGCCAAAGAAUGCAAGAGGAGAACAUCACUCGUGCCGUUAUCGUAGUCCAAGCUGGUAUGACUCCAUCUGCAAAACAAGCUCUGGUAGACAUGGCACCAAAAUAUAUUCUGGAACAGUUCUUGGAAGCAGAAUUAUUGGUAAACAUCACAUCACACAUGUUGGUUCCAGAACAUGUUGUGAUGACACCUGAAGAGAAGUCUGAACUCUUGCAGCGAUAUAAGUUAAAGGAAUCACAAUUGCCCCGUGUCCAACAAGGAGACCCUGUUGCCAGGUAUUUUGGACUGAAGAGAGGUCAGGUUGUGAAGAUAGUCCGGCCCAGUGAAACAGCUGGCCGAUAUGUAAGCUAUCGCCUUGUGGUCUGAUGAAGAGAGGGGAGAGGCACUUUAUUCACCAUCACUCAUCUCUAUCAACGCCAACUGACCAACCCAGUGGAAAGGGAAAUGGCUUCUCUCCUCUUCACUGCUUUCAACAAUAUUGUAUUGUGACCGGCAGAGGGACAUUGGCCUUGGUCUCUACUUCAGUCUUCUUUCACUCACAUCAUCAUCAUCAUCAUCAUCAAUGUUAGGCAAUAAAUUUUCUUUAAAAAAUUUU